AAAAAAUGUUAAAAUCUUAGUAAUUUAUCUAAGGGGCAGAGUACAGUAGAAUAAUGAAAAGACAUUCACCAGAGAGUUCUGCAACAAUAAAAAAGGAAAUUCGAAAGAGAUUAUAGAAACGAUAGACAAUUAGAGAACUUUACAAAGAAAAGUAAUGGAAAACAUUAGUGAAAGUUGGUUCAUAAAUAAAAGGAUUAUAUGAAGAAUAUGAUACAAUUAAGGUUUAGGGAUAGGUACUGAGUGUUGGGGAUUCAGUUUUAAUUAAUAGUGGAGAUCAAUGUGAUGAGGAUUAUGUUGGAACCAUAAAAUAAAUAUUAUCAAUAAAAGAACCAACAACAGCUAAAUUGAUAUGUUUAUGUAGAAUUUAAUGGUAUAUGAGAAAAAGUGAGAUCAUCAAAUCUUAACCUAAAUGUUCAGAAUGGAUUUCUGAACAAGAAUUAUUUAUUACCAACCAUUAAGAGUAUAUUUUAGCUUAGAGUAUAAUUGCUAGAUGUUAAAUAUUGACUUGUAAUCAAUAUUAAGAAUUAGAAGAAAUUGAAUCCACUAUUUAUUUUAAUAGAUUGGAAUGGGAUAUUUACAAAAAAUAAUUUACUAAUAUAGAUGCAUUAUAGCAAAUUUGCUUUUGCAUUUAACCGGUGAAUCCCGAUCGAUAAUAUAUAUAAGUAAUUAAUUAUUUUAUAUCUAGUGUGAUUAAUGUAAAAAUUGGUAUCAUUUUGAAUGUGUAGGUAUUAUUAAUGGCAAAUAUAAUUAAAAUGAAUUCCACUGUCGUAUGUGUAAAUGA